ACGAAGCGUACGGACGUGUACGCAAGCCAACAGCAGCAUCAACUGAGUAGCAGAACAAAGUGAACGAACCCAAAACAUUUUUGACGUGUGCGUAAAAAGCAACAACAAAGCAUUUGUGUGGUCAAUUUAUUCAUUGUGUGCUUCCCGCUAAAUCGCAAAAGGAGAAAGUCUUGAGUCAUCAUCAAAGGCAAAGAAAGACAUCGUUUUAUAUUUACAAACAAUUGUGCAAUUUGUUGAGACAAAGAACAAGUUUUCCUCGAUCGCAACAACAAGUAGAUAAAUAAUAAUAAUCAACAAUGGCCGUCGCAUUUUAUAUUCCGGACCAGGCGAAACUGUUGCGCAAGGCUCGCGAGCAGGAGAAACAGUUGUUGCGCCUCCGCCAGUGGCAGAUGGCAACCGUUAUGCUGAACACAAUUCGCCAGCUGAUGGACUCCUCGGCCAGCCAGUGUCUGCAGCGGGCGGGCCGCAAGUGUUGCAAGUGGCGCAAACCAUCGCAAUGAGAACGCUUCCUGAGUAAAUCACAAUAAACAAUAGGUCUACAACUACAACAAGCAUCCACCAUUCAACGGCAUUAACUGAUUAAUGCCACAACUCAACUCUUAACAACAACAACAAUAAACAACAAAAUUCACUCCUCGAAAUUAGUACUCAUCGAAAAGCGAUUGUGAUAAAAUGGUUUUGUUUCUACAGCAGCACCAGCAGCAGCAGCAGCAGCAGCAGCAGCAGCAGCAACAACAACAAAUAGCUCGAAAUUAUUCAAUUAUUUUGUAAGCAAAACGAGUUUUAAAAUUUAGCAAUAUUCGAUGUAUAAUUACAGCUAAAUAUAAUAAUUAUCGAAAUAUGUAUUAAAUCGUAAGCAUCCUCUUACUUAGUACUUAAGCAAUACAAGCAUUUUGUAAACGCUGACGAAACGAUUAUACAG